GGUAAAGCUUCCUCCUGGUUCCCCACCUCCCCGGCGGGGUGCUUGGGCGGGAGCCCCCCGGCGAGGGAGGCGGCAGCGCUUGGAGGAGGCGCCUGGCAACAGAUGGUUAAAGCCGGCUCCUCGCCGCUGCCCGCAUUGGCCGGCGGCGCGAGGAAGGGCGGGAGGGAGUCGGCCCCUUCGCAGGGAAGGCGACGGCAGCGGCCGGAGCUGCGCGGCCCCGCGGCGGGGAGCGGAGCGCAGCGCCCCAUCCCCAGCUCUCUCGCGGUGCUGAGGUGACCGGCUUCCCGCCGCGGAGAGCGCCGGCGGCGCCGGGCCACCUGUGAGUGUUCCGCCCCGCGGGUGCUGUUACUGCUUACCUAGCAGAUGCUCCCAGACUGAGAUUGGCAUGGUGUGGAGGACACUGCAUUAAAAGUGUUUAAGCCCCCUUUUUGGGAUCCAGGUUUGCCUUUCAAGCUGCUUUUGACUACUCUGGACAGUAGCAACACAUUGAGUUUGACAUGAUUCUUCCCAGUUGUGCUGCUGCAGAUGGAAUUCUGAGUACAAGGAAUGAAAAUUGAUAGGACUUGUCGGUGUUCCUUCUGCUACAGCCUGGCACAUUUCUGAGCAGCCACAGAGGAGACCUGCAAACAAAGAAGAAAUAGAAGCCAUUAACCUACCUUGUUCAGAGAGAACACUAAAUCAGCACAAUAUGGCACAGCACAGUAUUGUCCUUGGAUUAUUCAUGAUGACUGUUUUAUCACUGCUGGAUGGAAGUUCAGCUUUCCUGUUAAAUCAGCGUCUGAAGGGAAGAUUUCAAAGAGACCGUAGAAACAUCCGCCCAAACAUCAUCCUUGUGCUUACUGAUGAUCAGGAUGUAGAACUUGGGUCUAUGCAAGUGAUGAAUAAAACAAGGCGUAUCAUGGAACACGGAGGUGCUCAUUUCAUCAAUGCCUUUGUUACAACACCCAUGUGCUGCCCAUCUCGUUCCUCUAUUCUUACGGGGAAGUAUGUCCACAACCACAACACUUACACUAACAACGAGAACUGCUCUUCUCCAUCCUGGCAGGCUCAGCAUGAAAUACGUACGUUUGCAGUGUACCUCAACAACACAGGAUACAGGACAGCUUUCUUUGGAAAGUACCUCAAUGAAUACAAUGGCUCCUAUGUGCCUCCUGGUUGGAAAGAAUGGGUUGGACUACUUAAAAACUCUCGAUUUUAUAACUAUACACUUUGUAGAAAUGGAGUGAAGGAGAAGCAUGGAUAUGACUACUCCAGGGACUAUCUAACCGAUCUGAUUACAAAUGACAGUAUUACCUUCUUCAGAAUCUCAAAGAAGAUGUAUCCUCACAGGCCUGUGCUGAUGGUUAUAAGCCAUGCUGCUCCUCAUGGCCCUGAAGAUUCAGCCCCUCAGUACUCGCAUCUCUUUCCUAAUGCCUCACAACACAUCACUCCCAGUUAUAACUAUGCUCCAAACCCAGACAAGCACUGGAUAAUGCGGUAUACAGGACCCAUGAAGCCCAUACAUAUGGAGUUCACUAACAUGCUACAGAGAAAACGCCUUCAGACACUCAUGUCUGUGGAUGACUCUAUGGAGAUGAUUUACAAUACGUUGGUUGAAACAGGUGAAUUGGACAAUACGUAUAUAAUAUACACAGCAGACCACGGUUAUCAUAUUGGACAGUUUGGGCUGGUGAAAGGAAAGUCCAUGCCCUACGAGUUUGACAUCAGAGUUCCUUUCUACGUCCGAGGUCCAAAUGUGGAGGCUGGGUCCCUGAAUCCUCACAUUGUGCUGAAUAUUGAUCUUGCACCCACCAUUCUAGAUAUUGCUGGACUGGAUAUUCCCUCUGAUAUGGAUGGUAAAUCCAUUCUAAAGCUUCUGGAUUCUGAGAGACCACUGAAUAGGUUCCAUUUAAAGAAAAAGAUGAAGGUGUGGAGAGACUCGUUCCUGGUGGAAAGAGGUAAACUGCUGCAUAAAAGGGAGAAUGAGAAGGUAGAUGCCCAAGAAGAAAACUUUCUACCCAAAUACCAGCGUGUGAAAGACCUUUGUCAGCGAGCUGAGUAUCAAACAGCUUGUGAGCAGCUUGGUCAGAAAUGGCAGUGUGUGGAAGAUGCCAGUGGAAAGCUCAAGCUACACAAGUGCAAGGGAAUGGCGAACUUGGCAGCUGCCAGCAACAGCAAAGGCACCUCCAAUAUUUUACCCAAGUAUUACAGCAGGAAUAAUGAAGACUGCAACUGCGAAGAGAAUGAAUACAAGCUGAGCCACAUCGGACGGAGAAAGAAACUCUUCUCCAAGAAAAAAUACAAACCAAGCUAUGUCCGGAAUCGCUCUAUUCGUUCUGUAUCUGUUGAGCUGGGUGGAGCUGUUUAUAAUGUGGGUUUGGAGGAUGGAUACCAGCCUGUCAUACCAAGAAACAUCUCCAGGAGGCACAGGAUGCAGAGGGCUGCUCUUCGUGAGGAGGAAGAUAAAGACAUGGGGGAGUACAGCGGCACUGGUGGCAUUGCAGAGUAUGCAGCCCCUAACCUGAUAAAAGUGACCCACAGGUGCUAUAUCCUGGAGAAUGAUACCGUUCAGUGCGACACAGAUCUGUACAGGUCACUGCAAGCUUGGAAGGACCAUAAACUCCAUAUUGACCACGAGAUUGAAACCUUGCAGAACAAAAUAAAAAACCUGAGGGAGGUGCGAGGCCACCUGAAGAAGAAGCGCCCGGAGGAGUGCGACUGUAACAAGAUGAGUUACCAUUCCAAACACAAAAGCAAACUGAGGCACAAGGGAUCUAGUCUUCAUCCUUUCAAGAAAGCCCUACAGGAGAAAGACCGGCUGUGGCUGCUUCGAGAGCAAAGGCGGAAGAAGAAGCUGCGCAAACUGCUUAAGAGAAUAAAGAACAACGACACCUGCAGCAUGCCAGGUCUGACCUGCUUCACCCAUGACAACCAGCACUGGCAAACUGCUCCCCUGUGGACAUUGGGCCCUUUCUGUGCCUGUACCAGCGCCAACAACAACACGUACUGGUGCCUGAGGACAAUCAACGAGACCCACAACUUCCUGUUUUGUGAAUUUGCUACUGGAUUUUUGGAGUAUUUUGAUCUCAAUACUGAUCCAUAUCAGCUAAUUAACGCAGUGAAUACACUAGAUAGAGACAUUCUCAAUCAACUUCAUGUCCAGCUCAUGGAACUGAGAAGCUGCAAAGGGUAUAAACAGUGCAAUCCAAGAACCAGGAACAUGGAUCUGGGACUUAAAGAUGGAAGCUAUGAGCAGUACAGGCAGUUUCAGCGUCGAAAAUGGCCAGAUGUGAAGAGACCAUCAUCUGCCAAGUCACUAGGACAGCUGUGGGAAGGAUGGGAGGGCUAACCUCCCCCAAGUGCUGCACCUCCGUGAGGAUACAGACUGGCCAGAACUUGAGUCCAUGUACAGACUAAAUGACAAUGUGUGUGACUUCAGAGAGAAUUACAACAUUACCCUGGAGGACUGGAUAAACUUUGAGGCUGAACUAGAUAGAAUGUUUGCACUGGUGAGUGAACUAAAUACCUGCAGUGAAAUGAUGGGAAAUGCUGUCAGAAAUACAGGUCUCUGAAAUCCACUAUUGUACCUGCUUUUUGCUUUGCAUUAUACCUCACCUGCUUCACAAGGUUUUACUUUGAGAUGACACCACUAACACUGAUCCAGGAACUGACAGCAAAGGGGACAGGGCUACAUCCCAGAGAGGAUUCCCGCCGCAGUGUGCAGUGUGCGCAGGGACAGCGGAUGUACACUUAAACCACCCUUCAGUUCAACUGUAUCAGCAGCUGUCAUGAGAAACACUUCAAAGCCAAGUACAACUCUAAAGCAACAGUUAGAAAAUGUGAACAUUUUGCUUCUAACUGGAGAUGAUGAAAAAGAACUUGGAAGAGAAUCAGGAACUGAAGUGAGCAGCACUGAACAUUCUCAACACCAUGCUAUUUCUCAGCUUCCCUCUGAGGAUACAUUUUAGUUCCACACCUACUUGUACAUCCUGUUGCCACCUCUAGGAAUAUUAGGGAAAAUCUUGACUAACAGGAUGCCAGAUUUUGGAGGGGGUUAUGUAAAUAUUGCUCAGUAUACUGUUUGAAAAGAAAUUCCUUCAGGUUAUGAAGAAUUUUGUUAAUAAAAAGAGUGGAAUGCCCACACACCAGUUCUCCAAAUGUUACUUCAUGUCACAUAGUGCAUUUCAGGAGUUCUCCAUUUUUAAAGUACUGAAAAAUUUCAGUAAAUGUACAUCUUCAAUUUUAAUGAACUCGGAUUUGUAUGAAGUUUUUUUAUGUGGCAAUAUUAUACUGUAUGUUCAAAACCAAAACAGUUCCUUUGAGAAAGCAUUUGCUUGGUAGUGUAACUUUGACAUUUACUUUUAAAAAGGCAGCUCCAAGAAGUUCAAUACUUGUAGCCAAUAAAGAAUAAUAUAGUUAAGA